GACUGAGAGAAGGCAGAAUAAAAAUGAAGACGUUACUUGUGUUUGUCUUCUUUUUGGUCCUGAUGAGCACUUUUACAGACACUUCACCAAUUUUGCCUGAAAAAGAUGCCAAACAGAUUCUGAGAACUCGUCGUGAAGACAGACCAAGAAAAGCUGGUUUCCCUGAUGAGCCAAUGAGGGAGUAUAUGCUUCACCUCCAGCGCUUGGAGCAGAGAUCAGAAGAACAAUUCCUUGAGCACUGGUUGAAUCCACAUUGCUUCCCACACUGCAACAGGGAUAUAGUGCAUCCAAUUUAAUGGUUUUGCCUAUCC